UCAGGGAGAGUUAGGGCUCCGAGCCGAGCGCGCGGAGCGGCUGGGGCCGGGGCGCGGAUGCUGGAAGUUCACAUCCCGUCGGUGGGGCCCGAGGCCGAGGGGCCCAGGCAGAGCCCGGAGAAAAGCCACAUGGUGUUCCGAGUGGAGGUGCUGUGCAGCGGGCGCAGACACACGGUGCCGAGGCGCUACAGCGAGUUCCACGCGCUGCACAAGCGGAUCAAGAAGCUGUACAAAGUGCCCGACUUCCCCUCGAAACGCCUGCCCAACUGGAGGACCAGAGGGUUGGAACAGCGCCGGCAGGGCUUGGAGGCCUACAUCCAGGGUAUCCUGUACCUGAACCAGGAGGUGCCCAAGGAGUUACUGGAAUUCCUGAGACUUCGGCACUUCCCCACAGACCCCAAGGCUAGCAACUGGGGCACCCUGGGGGAGUUCCUGCCUGGCGAAAGCAGCUCCCAGCAGCACCAGCGGCCUGUCCUGAACUUCCAUGUGGAUCCCUAUGUUUACACCCCCUCCCCAGAGUCGCUGCCCAACGUGGUGGUGAAUGGUGUGCUCCAGGGCCUCUACAGCUUCAGCAUCAGCCCAGAUAAAGCCCAGCCAAAGGCGGCCUGUCACCCUGCUCCUCUACCACCGAUGCCCUGAUCAGUCCAGAGGCCUUUGGCUGCCUCCUAAGAAAGUCAUGUGCCUCUCUGCUAUGAACUCCAUAUAAGGCUAGGUCCUCCUUUGGCCUGGACCCAGGACUUAACUACCCAGUGCCCAGUUGUGCCGUAUUCCCACUCAAGGCUCAGAACUUGGCUCGCAUUGGUAGCUGAAGGUGGUAGAAUUUGCAUGCUCUUAGAGCCCAACAGCCAAGGCUGUCAAGAAGAUAAGUAAUAAAGGAAGAAGUCAG